GGAUGGCAUCACUUAUUGGUCUUUCUGGGUCACGGUCACUACAUACGCAACAUCGAAUCCACUGGCUUAACCGAAUCUUUUAUAGAAUGAAUGACGGGCCCUGAGACUGCUUUGGAAGCGGUGAUGAAACUUCCAAUUUUCCAUGUGCCCGAGUAGGUAGGAUACCAGUGUCUAUGGACUCCAGUGCGGCAACACGACUUUGAUGUAGUGGGCUUGCAUUUGCCCGGUGUGCCAAAUGCCAGUUCGAUACAAUUGCUAGACACUCAAAUGCGUGUCUCGUGACAAACAACAUAGCAUGUCAGCCCCAACGCCCGUCCUCAGUGAGAAAGCCAAAGGGAAACGAAAAGCUAUACCACAAGAUAGUCCAGAUCAUGACGGUGAAAAUAGCAAAUCACAUCAAGCAGUCGCACCACGCUCGUUUACUGUGCGAUUCAGUGAAGGUUUAGGAGACCUCAGCCUAAGCGUUUCCCCGGAUGACACAGUCCGCGAAGUCUUACGCAAGAUCAAAGUGGAGAGACCCUCACUUGCUCGACGACGGCUACGCUUAAUUCAUUCCGGCCGUUUGCUCACCAAUGGAACCAAACUCCAUGGUUGGAUUGCAUCUCUAGAGGAGCGACAGAAACGUUCUCUCGUUCUGGGACCAAAAUCGAGUGAAGAUGGUGGUGUGUGGGUGCAUUGCUCCGUAGGGCCCGAGAUACCUGCAAGCGAACUGGAUGAUGAGUCCGUACAAAGGUCGCAAAUAAGUCCUUUGAAGGGAUUCGAUCGACUACAAGCAGCUGGGCUAAGUGAAGAGGAGAUAGCGAACAUUCGACGGCAAUUUCAUGCCACUCGUGGAGGCGAUACUAACUCAGGUGGGGCUUUACAGGAUGAUGACCAGGUCGAGCACGCAAGAGCCCUCGAGGAGCAAUGGAUUGACGACCUUGACGGUGCAGCUUCAACAGCUGAGUCUUGUAUGUCAUUUUCCCAUAUCUACAGCACUCUUUUGUUUGGGAUGCUCCUCGGCUUCUUCUUCCCCCUCCUACCGUUUUAUUUCAUGCGAAGUCCCCGGCCAGCAGUUUUCUUCUCAGACUCAUACCAAGCAUUAGAGAGCCAGCCAAGCGUUGUAUUCUCAACCAGAAUGUGUAUUGCUAUCGUUUUCGGCUUCGUGGCAAACAUCGCCUAUGGUUCGCUUAGGGUUUGGAACAUAACCUACUCGUAAAAAGAUUAUGUGUAAUUCCAUAGUGGGGAUUCA